AUGUCAUAUGUUAUACCUGAAACUCCAAAACGGCGGCCCGAGUUUUUUCAUGUUGUCCUAUUAUUCGUAGCAACUAUAAUUUUAUCGUUCAUUCUUGUGGAUCCAAUUUAUCCAUUCCCCGAAUCUGUUAUAUCUGGAGAUCCUUGGUGGAGAUAUGAUCCCGACCCCUUAAUUGUUAUGGUCACUGUUAUAGAUGAAUCAAGUAAAGACGGAAAUAAUAAGGAUGUGAAUAAUUUAACAUCUAGUGAUUACUUUAAGGAAAUCGGUAUUAAGAAUAAAAUUAUUUAUGCUGAUAAGUAUGGAUAUGAAUUGGUUAUUAAAGGAUCCUGGGAAAAUAUACCUACAUUAUUGGAAACCAUGAAGGAAUAUCCAAAAUCUGAUUGGAUAUGGUGGAUGAAUUCGAAUAUAUUUAUCUCAAAUUAUUCGAUCAGUCUUUCGUCGAAUGUAUUACGAAAUGUCACACAAGCCUCAUUUGCGGAUAGGCAAAUGUUGAUUGGAUACGACUGUCAUGGCCUUAGCACUACAUCAUUUCUUAUACGUAAUUCUCCCUGGGCUAGAGAUUUUUUGGAAACUUUGCAUAAUUCACUAUUAUUCAAGGAUUUUGAAGAUGAAGAAACCGCUAUGCAAAUGUUGAUUGAUUUUGAAGCUAUUGAAGUUGGUUCAAAGAUUUCAUAUGUUCCUUUGCGAACUUUGAACGCUUUACCGUUUAAUCAUAAUUGUGGCAAUGAUGAGAAGUAUGUAUGGCAUAAGGAUGAUUUUGUCGUGAAUUUUACUGGAUGUGAGGAAGCCAAGGAAGAUUGUGAAAAACGAUUCGAAGAGAUUUUUCUUUCAAGGGAUUUAACAAGUUUAUUGACAGAUUCGUCAGAUUAUAAUAUGAUCAUCAAUGUGGGAGAGGAGCCUAAUGUGAAGCGGUAUCAUGUACACUCGAAUAUUUUAAGGGUUCGAAGUAAAUAUUUUUCUAAAGCCGUUAGUGCGGAUUGGGUUAAAAAGAAGGAUGGAAUCAUUUUAUAUGAGAAACCGAAUAUCGAGAGCGAUGUUUUCGAUAUUAUACUAAGUUACAUUUAUGGGGGGAGGAUCAAUUUCACUGAUGCCACAAGUUCAUGGAAGAUAUUUGAUUGUUUAAAAGCGGCUGAUGAAUUAUGCCUGGAAGAGUUUUUGGAGUACGCACAGGAUUACCUGUUGGAGAAUCGUAAGGAAUGGUUAAAAGACAAUUUAUCUAUCAUGUAUCAAGACACAUUUCCACCAAGUUCUUUGACAAAGAUACAAGGAUAUUGUAUAAAUCAAAUUCGAAAAUAUCCUUUCAUGCUCUUUAAUUCAAAAGAAUUCGUUGACAUACAUGAGGAAUGUUUGAGGGUGUUGGUACAAGAUGAUUACCUAGAGAUUAAUGAAUUGGAAUUAUUCGAAAAAUUAAUUGAAUGGGGUGUGGCCAGGACGAGGGAUUUAAAUCAAACGGACAAUCAAACAAUUAAUGAAAAGAAUUUUGACUUAUUAUCAUCAACUCUUGAUAAAUUAAUCAAACAUAUCAGGUUUCAUAACAUGGAUAGUGAGGGAUUUUAUUCAAGGGUCGAACCAUUGAAAUCGGUUCUGGGGACGAAAUUUUAUGAUGAGAUGAAAGUUUAUCAUAAUAAAUCCAGGAUAAAAGAUGAAGGGACCUCGAACGGUGUUUCCACUUCUCCCAUACCGAAAUCAAAUAAUUUGUUACCACAUCGUGGGGCGAUAAUAUCAAAAAUAAUGAACUUGGAACAAGGGGCGAUAAUUUCAAGUUGGAUUGAUAGGAAGGAUUUACCAUCAGAUGGUAAUUACAAUGAUUUCACACCGGAAUAUUAUACUAUAAAGAAUAUUCCCUAUAAUUUCAAAUUAUUAUUAAGAGGUAGUAGAGAUGAUUUUUCCGCAAACACAUUUCAUAAGAAAGUGGGAAAAUGUAGAAGUACCAUUACCUUAUUUAAGUUGAAGAAUUUCGAGGAUUUUUUUAUCGGUGGAUAUAAUCCUGAUGAGUGGGAUUCUCCUUUUUGGCCACAAUUUAAAGAGUGUGAAAAUGCGUUCUUAUUUAGCUUUUCUUUAGGAAUCGGUCAUGAUAUGAGUAGAACCAAUCGUCAGGGGAGGAUCGCAAGACCGACAAUUGAAGAGAGAGGAAAUGCUUUAAACAUGUGGAAAAGUAGCGGUCCAAGUUUUGGAAAAUUUGAUAUUUUAAUGCAAAAUGGUGGCAUUAGGCUCAAACAUAAGAGUUUUGUUCCAAACAUCAUACCUUUAAAAGACGGUGAGACUUUUAAGAUUGAAGAUUAUGAGGUUUUUGAGGUCACUCAAAAAGUUGAAAAUAUCGCAGAUAGGAGAGAGAGAGAGAAUGGGGAGAUUGCUGUCGAAAUCCAAUCAUAA